UCUACCCGGAAGUCAUCAGGUAGCGUGUGGAGCUCCUCGCUCAUAACCCAGCACUUGAUAGGGACGAGUAGGACUAGGAUGCUGGCAAAGCAGGUGACGCGCGCGCUGCGCCGGCCAUCGGCCGUGCGCUUCCUGGCCACGGCCGACGAGUCCGCGGCCAAGGCGCCGGCCGCGGCCCCCAAGUUCCGCAAGAAGAAGACGUUCCAGUUCUCGGGCAAGGACGUGGAGCAGGCCGCGCCCCUCGAGGAGUUCGCGUACCCGGCGUACUGGGACGAGGACUUCCCCAAGGACUUCGACGACGCCAUGAAGCACGAGGUGGAGAAGCUGCAGAUCUUCGCCGACUUCACGCCGUACCUGGACCUGUCGUGGCAGCAGCAGAUCCACCCGGCGUUCGACGGCGCGGCCAUCAAGAUGACGCUCAACUGCCCGCUCGAGGACUUCGACGAGCGGCUCUUCGUCAACGACAGGAACACGUACGACACCAAGGUGUCCAUGGAGAUCCCCAUGAGCUGCUUCAAGGGCCUCAGCCCCAAGGCCAAGGACGUGGUCGCGCAGCUCGCCGGCCCGCGCUACCACGCCAACAAGAAGAUGCUCAAGAUCACCGAGGACCGCUACAACACGCGCGUGUUCAACCACAAGCGCAUCUGCGACAUCCUGCGCGAGCUCACGGAGACGGCGCUCGAGCUCACCAAGGACGAGCAGCCCAAGCCCAAGAAGCAGUAGACGGACGUAGUCUUCGCUUGCCCGCUCGCUCUUUUGGCGUUGCUAGAGAGCACCAGCAGCCAUCGCGUGUUGCUAUGUUCUAGGCUGCGCGUGUGGCUGCUAGUUGUAAAUGCUCGAGGCAAUUCAAGAAAGCAGGCAGUCAAGCAGGCAGAUAUCUCGGAUAUAUACUUUUGGCUCGACAUUAGAUACUU